GGAGGAAAAGGUGCAGGAGAGGGCAGGGCUAACCUGGGAGAGUGACAAAGCAGACACAAGGAAAGAGACGCAACAGAAGAGAGAGAUUGACAGAUAGAGAAGUUGGGAAAGUGGGAGAGGCCAAUUGUCACACGCUGGGGUUAUAAUACAAUGGAGGGUGGUUGACGAUCGUUAAUAUCAAAGUGUGAUUCUAGUACUGCUUCUCGUGAGGAGGGGCACUACAGAAGCUUUGGAUGCUGAGGACCUAAUACCAUUACACAUCAUUGAGACUCAGCCUUACACAGGGAGCAUGCCACGAUGUCAUCCUACUCUGAUGCCGAUAAUCAGUGUCAACCGGGGAACACCAUCUGUGAGAUCACAGUGUAUGAACAGGAAGUGAUCAUCGUGCCCGUCCUGCUCCUAGCAAGCUUCCUGGUCAGUCUGCUAAUCGUCCUCCUGCUGAGGUACUGCACUGGAAAGGAAAACCGCAGACGACCCACAGUAACCCUAGCCCGACCACACAGCACCAGCACGGCGAGCAGACACACACAGAGGAAAAGUACCAGACGGAACACACAGGGCAUUGAGGCUCCUCCUGAGCUGAACCCUCUGGAGCAUGAGGAGUUACCUAUGAGCACUCCGACCCGGCGUGACGCCCUUGCCACGUUGUCUGCCGUACCGGAGACGCCCAAAGAGAGACAGCAUGGCUCUUUCAACCUGGCCACUCCGCUGCCCCUCUCCUUCCCCGUCAAACCGGACGACUCUGUCACCCUCUACAGGGCAAGGAUGGACAACAGAGACGUGGUUCUACGGACACUUAAAGAAAAAGCCGAUGACAGCGAGCGGCAGUCCUUCCUGGGCUUUGCCUCCUUCCUGUCUGAGCUGGGGCCCCACCCCUUUUUGCCUGGUCUGAUGGGCGUGGUCUCCCUACGUACCUCCCUCAUCACCGUGAUGGAGGAACUGGUGCACAGGGACCUGCUGGGGUUCCUAUGGAGGUGUCGACAGGACACGGGUGUGGAGUCCCCGUGCGAUAUCACAGAGCAGCGCAUCUUCACCAUGGGAGGACAAGUGGCUUCUGCUCUGGAAUACCUGCACGGUCAGAGCUGUAUCCAUGGCAACGUUGGAGCUCGGAGCGUGCUGGUUGGUCUAGACCUAACGGCUAAACUGUGGGGAUUGGGUCCAGCAUACUGUAAGAAAACACAAGCAGGAACUCCAGGAGAGCUGCAGAACGUUGAGAUGAGGAAGUGGCAGGCUCCAGAAGUAUUGGCAAGGAGACCUGUCUGUCAAAGCAGUGACGUCUGGUCUUUUGGUAUCCUGCUCCAUGAAAUAGUGACACUAGGUGACCCACCAUUCCCUAAAGUCAUGGCCGGUGAUCUUCUUCAAUACCUCCAGAGAGGAAAGACUCAGAAGAGACCAGCUAAUUGUUCUAACUCACUGUAUUCCAUAAUCAAGUCCUGCGGCCAGUUCGCUCCACACGAGCGCCCUACAUUGGCUGAGGUGAUCCAGAAGCUCAAAUCAGGAGAGAAGAGUGCCAACAAUAGGACAGUUCUUCGAGUGCCUGAGCCACUGGACAUUGAGAAGUACCUGCGGGAGGCGGGAUAUGAAGAGGCCUACAAUUACGUUGUUCUCUGAUUGGCUCCUGCGAUGGUCAUUUAAAUCAAGGUCUACAUUACGUUCAGUGUUGCUUUUCUCACAUUAUCAUGAAGACUGUUGGGAGAGCAUUUUAAAUGUCAAAACAGCACGACUAGUUUAUCUUUAGGUCCCUUACUAUGCUCAAUACAACGUAAGAGACUGAUGAAACACUCAGGUAUUAACACAUACAGCAUUCGGAAUGUAUUCAGACCCCUUGACUUUUUCCACAUUUUGUUACGUUACAGCCUUAUUCUAAAAUGGAUUACUUUAAAAAAAAAUCCUCAGCAAUCUACGCACAAUACCUCAUAAUGACAAAGAGAAAACAGGUUUUUAAUCAUUUUUACAAAAAACAGAAAUACCUUAUUUACAUAAGUAUUUAGACCCUUUGCUAUGAGACUCACAAUUAUCAUCCUUGAGAUGUUUCUACAACUUUAUUGGAGUCCACCUGUGGUAAAUUCAAUUGAUUGCACAUGAUUUGGAAAGGCACACACCGGUUUAUAUAAGGUCCCACAGUUGACAGUGAAUAUCAGAGCAAAAACCAAGCCAUGAGGUAUGAAGGAAUUGUCCGUAGAGCUCCGACACAGGAUUGGGUCGAGGCACAGAUCUGGGGAAGGGUACCAAAACAUUUCUGCAGCAUUGAAGAUCCCCAAGAACACAGUGGCCUCCAUCAUUCUUAAAUGUAAGAAGGUUGGAACCACCAAGACUCUUCCAAGAGCUGGCUGCCCAGCCAAACUGAGCAAUCAGGGGAGAAGGGUCUUUGUCAGGGAGGUAACCAAGAUGGUCACUCUGACAGAGCUCUAGAGUUCCUCUGUGGAGAUGGGAGAACCUUCUAGAUGGAUAACCAUCUUUGCAGCACUCCACCAAUCAGGCCUUUAUGAAGCCACUCCUCAGUAGAAGGCACAUUUGACAGCCCGCUUGGAGUGUGCCAAAGGCACUUAAAGACUCUCAGACCGUGUGAAACAAGAUUAUCUGGUCUGAUGAAACCAAUAUUGAACUCUUUGGCCUGAAUGCCAAGCGUCGUGUCUAGAAGAAACCUGUCACCAUCCCUACGGUCAAGCAUGGUGGUGGCAGCAUCAUGCUGUGGGGAUGCUUUUCAGCGGCAGGGACUGAGAGACUAGUCAUGAAUGAGGCAAAGAUGAACGGAGCAAAGUACUGAAAACCUGCUCAAGAUCGCUUAGGACCUCAGACUGGGGCGAAGGUUCACCUUCCAACAGAACCACGACCCUAAGCACACAGCCAGGCCAACGCAAGAGUGGCUUUGGGACAAAUCUCUAAAUGUCCUUGAGUGGCCCAGCCAGAGCCCAGACCUGAACUUGAUCGAGCAUCUCUGGAGAGACCUGAAAAUAGCUGUGCAGCGACGCUCCCCAUCCAACCUGAAAGAGCUUGAGAGGAUCUGCAGAGAAGAAUGGGAGAAACUCCCCAAAUACAGGUGUGCCAACAAUAAAAUAAAGGUGUGCCAACAAGCUUGUAUCGUCAUACACUAGAAGACUCGAGGCUGUAGAUGCCGAAAAAGGUGCUUCAACAAAGUCCUGAGUAAAGGGUCUGAAAACUUAUGUAAAUGUAAUAUUUCCAUUUUUUUUCUUUUUAUGAAUCUGCAAAAAAUGUCUAACAACCUGUUAUUGCUUUGUCAUUAAGGGGUAUUGUGUGUAGAUUGAGGAGGGGAAAAAAAUAUUUCAUACAUUUUUCGAACAAGGCUCUAUGUAACCUAACAAAAUAUAGAAAAAAGUCAAGGGGUCCGAAUACUUUCCGAAGGCACUGUACAUACUUAUAUUGUGUAUUUAAAGAAUAAUAUAUGUAUAUUUCUAUAUUUGUCCACUGUCCCACUGAAUAUCUAUGUGGCUCCAAAGGACAACAAAAUGAAGAUUCCCUGAUUCACUGCAGGUUCUAAUGCCAGUGACUUCCAAGGCCCUACCUGGGUCUCUAUCCUACGCUAUUUCUACUGUACAUGCAAACUAUGGUCACUCGCACUUUAACCCUGUAAACAACCACAGUGCCAUCAAAUAGAAAUGGCUAAUUGCCUCAUCAUAAUAAAACCUAGCCCAGCAGGGAAAGUAAGUUAAAGGGAAAAUCCACUCAAAAACUCUCUUUUCCAUUAGUCCACUUUUAUACAAUCCCAAAAUGUUCUGCAUGUCAGCAGUUUCCAAGAUGCAGUAUUGGACUUUUAAGAAGCAAAUUGUCACCCGGCCACAUCAUCAUGAUGAUGAAAAAUGCACCAUACAUGUAUAUCAUACAUCAUUUGAUAUUUCCCUUUAAGGCAUCUGUUGUUCAACAAAGAAAAGUGAUCUUUAUUUGAGCUGGGAUCCCUGCCUAACAAAUAUGCCUUAAAAAAAACCUCAUAAAUCUUAACCAGUCAAAGGACUGUAAAGUAAAGAGCACAACUAGCUAUUACACACAAUAAACAAAUCG